AUGCUUCAGUGUACCAGCUGUGAGAAGCCUAUUGCUGAUAGGUUCUUGCUGAAAGUUUUGGACAGACCGUGGCACAUCAAAUGUGUCCAGUGCUGCGAAUGCAAAUGCAGUUUGACAGACAAGUGUUUUUCACGAGAAGGGAGACUGUACUGUAAGAAUGACUUCUUUCGGAGAUUUGGGACCAAAUGUGGAGGUUGCGCACAGGGGAUUUUACCCAGUGAUCUCGUCCGCAGAGCCAAGAGCAAAGUGUUUCACCUGAACUGUUUCACCUGUGUGAUGUGCAACAAACAGCUGUCCACCGGAGAGGAGCUGUACAUCCUGGACGAAUUCAAGUUCGUUUGUAAAGAGGACUAUCAAAACAACAACGGGAAGGACACAAUCCUGCUCUCAGUCACGACGUGCAGCGACCCCAGUUUGUCUCCAGACUCCCAGGACCCGCAAGACGACGAAAAGGAGUCAGAAACUGGACAUUUGUCUGAUAAAGACGUGUGCAGCAACGAAAAUGACGAGCAGAGCGCCGUCGGGAAGAGACGCGGGCCUCGGACCACCAUUAAAGCCAAACAGCUGGAGACCCUGAAAGCGGCUUUCACGGCCACACCGAAACCUACCAGACACAUCCGAGAGCAGCUAUCACGGGAGACCGGCCUCACUAUGAGAGUCAUCCAGGUUUGGUUUCAGAAUAGGAGGUCCAAAGAGAGACGCAUGAAGCAGCUGAGCGCUCUGAGCUCCAGGAGACAUGUGUUUUUCCGCGGCUCGAGGAGGAUGAGAGCGCUGGGAGAGAGAGUGGAGACAGGAGAGAUUGGACACUUCUCUUAUUAUGGAGAUUAUCCUGGUGAAUACUAUGGCUCAGGAGGGAAUUAUGAAUACUACCAAGGCCCACCUUCAUCCCAGGCUCAGACACCAGCAGACUUGGGCUUUGUGCCCUCCUCUGUCCCUGCUGGCACCCCAUUAGGAGUCCUGGACCACCACCACCACCACCAUCACCAUCAUCCAGGUCACCACUGUCCUGGAGAGAUGCAGUGUUUCUCUGACACAGUAUCUCACCAUCCUGCGGACUCACCUAGUCCAGAGCCAAAUGGACCGGGCUCAAUGCACAGUAUCUCCAGUGAGAUGUGUGGCCCCAGCACACCCUUUACUACUUUGUCUCUCAGUGACAGCGGAUACACCAACCAGCUGUCACAACCCUCCUCAGAGAUGAGCGAAGGCACUGUGUGGUAA